AUGGCAAAUUCUAGCAACAAUAAUGGCAGCAGCUUCUUCUUCCUGCUGAAGGAUUUUCCAGGCUUGGAGACUGCGCACUGCUGGACUGCUAUUCCUGUCUGCUGCAUCUAUGUCCUCUCCUUCCUGGGUAACAUCACCAUCAUGUACAUUGUCAAGACUGUGCCCAGCCUCCAUACACCCAUGUACCUCUUUCUCUCCAUGCUUUCCAUGGCUGACUUGGGCCUCUCUGUGUCUACACUGCCUUCGAUGGCAGCUGUCUAUCUCCUGGGGCAGAGAAAAGUGAACGCUGCUGUCUGUUUUACACAGCUAUUCUUUAUCCACACGUUUGCAGUCAUUGAAUCAGCUGUGUUGCUGGCCAUGGCAUUUGACCGCUGUGUGGCUAUCAGAAAGCCCUUACACUAUGCCACCAUUCUCACUGCCAGAAGGAUUGGUAUCAUCGGAAUGGCCAUUGUCAUCCGUAGUGUUGGGCUCCAUCUGCCCCUGCCUGUGCUCCUUGGAAGACUCCAAUUCCACUCUGUAAACUUUCUGGCUCACUCCUACUGUGUUCACCCUGAUGUGCUAAGACUGGCCACCUCCAGUACCCGUGUGAACAGUGGCUUGGGGCUCUUUGUGGUAUUGUCUACCCUGGGGAUGGAUGUUGUACUCAUUCUCCUCUCCUAUGUGUUAAUUUUGAAGACAGUUCUGAGUAUUGCUUCCAAUGCUGAGAGGCUCAAAGCCUUCAACACCUGCAUUUCUCACAUUUGUGCUGUUCUAUUAUUUUAUACACCUACAGUCAGCCUGUCUAUGAUUCAUCGAUUUGGUAAGAAGAAUCUUCCAGCUCAGUUGUACAUGGUUCUCUCCUACCUGCACUUUCUCAUGCCUCCUAUGCUUAACCCAAUUGUCUACAGUGUCAAAACCAAAGAGAUUCGUGUGCGUGUCCUGAAAAUGCUGCACCCCAAAACACUCUUGUGGUAA